AUGCCUCCAAAAGCUUCAUCUCUGUGCUAUGCUACUACAGGAAAGGCCUGCUAUCACAUCUUGGCAGUCAGACUGCAGAUUGAUCAUGGAUCAGUAAAGGACUAUAUUGAGCUUGAAACUAGUCAGAAACUUCGUGGACCAGCUGCAAAGGGCCAGACACGAAAUCCUAUCAAGGAAAAGACAGGCCGGCGUCAUCAAGCUGCUUCUGAUGCAACAGUUACUAGAGAUCUGGAGAAGAUCUUUUUGCAUUUGAAGGAGGAAGAGGAGGACUCUGAUUCUAAGUCUUUGGCUGAAAGUCCAAUUUCUGAUAUCAAAACCAAACAGGCCAAUAAAGCUCUGGUGUCUCAGCAUCCUCAAACUCCUCAAAAAGGCCGAGGUGUAACAGCAGGCAGACGUCCUGCUGUCACACCACUUCAUCCAAAUCGCACACCUGUUAAGUUCAGUCAGAAAACAGGACCUAAGCCCAAGCCACACAAUUCUCUUCUGCCCUCUCUUCCAAACUCUCCCAUCAAGCCAGUCAACUUUUCCCCCAAAAAAUUACGAAUCAGAGAAUUUCUUCCAACAGCUAAUGAAGAGGCAGAUCUUCUUGAUGAGCAGAAGCUUAGUGAUCUAGACUUCAGUCGGUGGAACAAUUCCACAUAUAUGCUCCACCAGGAUGAAAUCUCUCUUUUUGUGGACUUGCUCAACUCAAUCAAUACUGGAAUCUUGGGGUCAACAUUGGUUAUUCCUGAUACAUAUGCCUUUCCUGCACAACAACUUGCUAAACUUGACUGGACUCUGACUGACUCUAUCCCUGUUGGGCUUUCUGGUGAUAAUAUAAUUGCGGAGGACUCUCUGAUUGGCCGCUCUUGGACAAUGAGUCGGUCUAUCAAUCUUCAACAUUGUCUGAUUUUCAACCACUACAACAACCACUGGCUGGUGUUUAAGAAAACCUAUCAUGAUCUGCAAGAUAGUCUUUCUUGCUAUGAGCCAUUCAAAUCUCAUGGACGCCGAUUUGAUAUUGGUGAUCUUGCUUUCUUUGCCCAAUUUUUUAAUCCACGACGUGGUGAUCAUAUGCCUGAAAGGAAGAUUGUCAAGACAUAUACUCCAAUUGCACUGGAUUUGCAAAAAGACAGUGCAUCAUGUGGCUUUUGGGCAAUUACCUUUGCUCUUCUUCAAAUAUUUGAUAUUGAUCCCUGUGCUACCUCCAACAAGAAGGCUCUGCAAAAAAUAGGUGUAGAUGGUCUCAAGACAUAUUGGAAGAAUAUCUGGACUAGCUACAUCACCGAUCCUAUUGGGCUUCGAGCUUCCGUUUUGGAAGAUUUUCUUUCUGAAUUUCAGGAUUGGAAUGGAUUUUCUACCAGCAUUGAUUGUAUUGGUCCACGGCCCCAGUGGGUUACACGCCACCAAGGGCCAGACCAGGCUGAUGUAGACAUGAUGGAUGUAAAGGAUAUUCCUUCUGAACUACAGCCAAUUCUUUCCAACUCUAAAUAUGCUGGCAUUGUGAAUGGCUCUUCUAAGCUCUCAAGUGGCAAUGAGGCAGUCAUCUUUGAGGAUCUCAAGCGCCUUAGAAUGACACAGUGGGUUAAUGAUGACCUUGUAAAUAAGAAAGGAGCGAGCACGUAUGUCCUUAGGCCGAUCACAAGGAUGACCAAAGAACUGCAUAGAGAUGAGACCACUGGAGAUCUUGUACUCCUGAGGUGA